AUGGACGUAUGGAUGGACGUCAAAACAUUACUCCCACAUGUUCCCUUGUCCUUGGCUCGCCCAGCUCCAGCAGGUGGCGGUCCCCUUCACCUGUCACCGGCUCAUCCAAUCACAACCACGGGGGGCGGGGCGUGGGCCAAGAGAGAGGGAGAGACACGGGACGCGGUGCUGCUGGAGGAGUGGAACAAAACUAUCCAGAAACACUUCCAGGACCGACACUCUCGCCUCGCAAUCCACCCCGAAAGGACCAGCCUCGCCAAACCGGGGAGGGGGGGAGGCAGGACGCAGGACGCAGGACGUGAGGGAUCCCAAGCUAGCCUGGUUUUACGCACGGCUUGGACCACUUGUUGGCACGGGUAG